AUGACAGUCUCUGUAAAAGAAUGGGUACCACCUCAAGAAACAAGUGAAAAUCUAGAUUGGGCUGAAUUGACGAUUAUUGAUUUAAGUAAUUUUGAUCAUGAAAAAGAGAAAUUAGCGCAUGAUUUACGUGAAGCUGUGCAAAGGGAUGGAUUUUGGGCUAUUACGGGAAGCGGCAUUUCCACCGAAGAAAUUAAUAGACAUUUUGCUUUGGGAGAUCAUUUUUUCACAAAUUAUUCACAUGAAGAUAAGGCUAAGCAACUAGUUGAUUUCCCAAAUGGCAAUUAUUUUGGGUUCAAACCCAAAGGGGAAAAGACUAUUUUCGGAACGCAAGUAUUAGACAAUGUCGAGACGUUAAACAUUCCAAAAUUUAACGGCCAGUAUGACGAUUAUUAUAAGCAAACUUUUAUUGAAGAUUUUAGAACCGAAUUGGCUGAAUUUAGUCGUAAGAGUUAUGAAGUUGGAGUCAAGUUAUUAAAGUUAUUUGCUAUAAUAUUAGAAAUUGAUGAAGAAUUCUUCGUAAAUAAUCAUUUAUAUUCAGAUUUGAGCGAUGAUCAUUUAAGAUUUAUGAAAUACUUUCCCCGGAAGCUUUCCGAAGACGAGAAAGUCGAAAAAAUUUGGGCUAGGGGUCAUACUGAUUUUGGGACAUUGACAUUGUUGUAUAACCAAAAAGUCGCGGGGUUGCAAAUUAAAAAUAGUAAAGGUUGGAAAUAUGUUAAACCAGUAGAAGGUGGAAUUAUAUGUAACAUUGGUGACACGUUAUCAUUUUGGAGUGGAGGUUACUUUAAGUCUACUAUUCAUAGAGUAAUUAGGCCACCCGAAGAUCAGGUAAACAAACCAAGAAUUGGGGCGUUUUAUUUCUUUAGACCAGGUGAUAAUACAAGAAUCAACGUUGUUGAUAGUCCCUUAUUGAAAAGAUUAGGUCUUUAUAAAGAUAUAGAACCCAUCAAUGGAACAGAAUAUGUUAGAAAACGAGUAGAAAGUUAUCAUAAUCAUCAAAUCUACCUCAAACAAGACAAGGUUAAAUUCAAAUUCAAACAAUUUGAAAUAGAGGAUGGUUUCGAGUAA